AUGGGCAAUGUCCUUGUGAACUACGCGCCACAUUCCCAGGGUGGGAGCAAACAACGCUUUAGUGACGUCCAGCUCGCAGAUCUCGAAAGUACAGUCCUCGUAACGUCUCAAUUCUGCAAGAACCGCGAUGAAAUCGGCACACCCAUCUGGCGGAGCCCAGAGGCACAAUUAGGGCUGCAGUGGGGCCCGCCGACUGACAUUUGGUCAUUUGGGACGAUGGUAAUUAUUAUUCAUACCGGCCAUGUUUACUUUUGUGAGAUGAACCUUAGUAACCAUGAAUUUUCGAAGGUGAUAUCCAUGAUCUGGGGUGAGAACUUUUGCAUAUUCAAGCCAAAGGUCCCCCGUGGCCACGAUGAAUAUGAACUAGAUAUCCUUGCCAAAUACAACAUCUAUUUUGGGCCAUUUCCUCCGUCAUAUGGUGAUCUUGCUGAUGAGGAGACAUUGGGAGUGCUAUCGCUCAUUAUGAAUGAUGUGCCGCCUGAGAAAUUGAGACCUUUCUCACUGGCUAGCCAAAAAGAGAUUUCGAAGCAAGAUAAGGAAUUCAUCCUAAAACUAAUGAAGCUCGACCCAAGAGACAGGCCAACAGCAAAGGAGCUCAUUGAAGAUGAAUGGUUCAAUCAAAUCUGA